UCUCUGCUUUUCUCUAGGCCUCUCUCAGUCCGAAGCCUUAGCUUUUGAACACGCUUUAAUCGCUCAGCCCCUCUGUUCUCGCUCGUCCAGACUCAGAGCAGUCUAUUCACCAGUUCGUCAUGGAUGUCCAGGCCCUUUACCAUAUGCUGCGCCUGGAAGUGCUGCAUCCGAAGCUAUUCACCUUCGCCAGGGACGGACCGCUGCCACUGAUGUGGAACAAUCUCACCACUCGAUCCAAGGCCCUUCAACCAUCCGAGCUCGAUGCCCUCACAGGUCGUACGGCUCUCAUCGCAGGUGCCACCUCCGGCUGUGGUCUCCAACUGGCCAAGAUCCUCGCAGCCCACUGCACCCGACUGAUCAUCACCGCUCGAGAUCCCCAGCGCGGCCAACAAGCCGUAGAAGAGAUCCGCAACAGCCUAUCUAGUGACACCAGCAUUAAGUCCCAGAUCGAAGUCUGGCCGCUCGAAAUGGCCUCAUUCCAGUCCGUCCGGGACUUCACCGAGCGCGUGAACCUCCUCCCCUCCCUAGACAUCGCAGUCCUCAACGCCGGCAUCUGGCACCUCCAUUUCGCCCGAUCCACAGACUCUUUCGAAACCCAUCUGCAAGUCAACUACCUCUCUUCCUGCGGCCUCUCGCUCUCUCUCCUCACAGCCCUCGGACGAAACCGUUCCCCCGCAUCUCCCCCGGGCCGACUCCUCAACGUGACAUCGGAAGGCCACGCUCUCGAGGACAUCCCCGCGCACAAAUCCGCCAACGAAGUCCUCGAGAGCUUCAACGACCCCGAUAAAUUAACCUGCUACACGCGCUACCGGCUCUCCAAACUGCUGAGUAUGAUCUGGACGCACGAACUGGCUUCCUCUAUCGAUAACGUCGCCCACAACGUGGAAAUCGCAUCCUUCACGCCGGGAGCAAGCCAGACGCAGAUCUGUCGCGACUUAGGGACGGGACCGAUCGUGCGGGUGGCCAUGGGAGCGUUUUGUCAGUCGGCGGAGGAGGGGUCAUGGGGUUAUGUGAGAGCGUUAGGGGCGCGGGAGUUUCAUGGGAGGUAUUUUUUUAGGGAGACGGCUUGCCAGCCUACGGACUGCGUUACGGCGGAGAAGUAUAAGGCGUUUCGCGAGGACCUUAUGAGGCAGACGCUUGCUGUGUUGGGGAAGCAUAUUGAGGUCCCGGCUGAUAUCAAUGAUUGGUUGGGUGACAUUUCAAAGUAAUUUCCUUGGACUAUUUAGAUGGAUGCGUCGGUUUGAUAUUGUGAUGGAUUGGAAAGUUUUGAUGCAAAGGAUCUAUACUUAGGCCUUCUUGUAAUUGGAACUACACCGAGAGUGAUUUGUUUAUGCCAGAUUAUGCAGCUAC